AUGGACUACAGUAUUUUGAAAGGUUUAAUAAUAGCCUUCUUGAUACGGCACAGCACAGCUGAAGAUUUAACUUCGGCCAUCCUGUCCAGUGCCGUCAGUCUGCACGAUGAAUCUCAGGCCUUACCUCAGGAGCAGGAGUCGCUAGGGGCUGAGGUGGUCCCUGUGGUUGUCGCUCCCAGUCUGCAGGAGGUGCAGCAGGCUGUGCAGGAGGCCUCGGAGAGGGAGGGCCAGGGGGCAGAGGAGGUGCUGAAAGGGCUGCUGGAGCGGGUGGUGGAGGCUGCUCUGGGAGCAGCAGAGAGUGCAGGGGAGCCCAAAGUGGAGGAGCCAGGAGCAGUGACCGAGGAAGGGGCAGUGACAGGGGAAGAUGGUGCCACCGGACAGGUAGAGGAAGUCAUAUUAGAAGACACAGGUGCAGAGCAGAACAUAACUGAAACACUUGAAGAUGGAGCAAUUAUAGUGGGGGACAAAAUCGAGACCAUCAUAUCAGACUUGUAUGAGCCAGAAAAAAAUGAAGAGGUUGCAGACACAGAUAACAAUAAGGAAGAAACUAUCAACAUACAGGUAGAUUUGGACUCAGCCACAGAAAUGGUGGUACGUGAAGAACUAGAACAAGAGGUGGUUACAGUUUUGAGCCCAAAGUUAGAAAAUCUUGAGCAGGAAUCUGUGAUUGAAAAAGCAGAAGAGUUAAUUGAAUCUGCCCAAAGUAUUGUUGGUGACGCGCUUGAGCAGGCCUUGGACACUAAUAGACUCCUGGACAAUGAGAUGCACACAGGGGCCGUAGAAGGCAAUUUAGUAGUGCAAGAGGUGGACAGUGAGCAGAUAGGUGUCCAGGCAGAGGAGGUGGGUGAAGGAGAGACCGUGAUUGAAGCAGGAUCAAUAGUAAACAAAGUGGCUGAAGAAUUGGAAAAAGAGGAAGAUGCUUCAGAGGAGGCAAAUAAAAGUAACGACCACAAUCAAGAAGUACAGCAGGCUCCUGAUGGGACGUUCGAGGAUGUCAAAGGUGGCGUUCAGGAAGAAGGCCUGAGUCCAGAGCAGCCCCCCGAGGGCCCUCCUCCAAGCCCAGCACGGAGUGGAGCAGAGGCAGGAGCAGAGACCCUGGGAGAAGAAAUCCUGUCCCAGAUAUAUACUGAGCCCCCAGUGCAAAAGCAUGAACUUGUUUUACUAUCAAACUUUGGAGGAGAAGCUAACGAGCUUGUGGACGAUGCAGCUAGAAAUGGAGAAAAAGGUGAAUUGGGCAUUGAAGCCUGGAAGAUUGGUGCCAUUUGUGCCGCAGUUCUUCUGGUGUUGGAAACAACAAUCAUCAUUGUCUAUAUCCUGAGAAAUCGAAACAAGAACAGCUCUAGUCAACAAAGGGCCUGUGAAGAGAACAGCGUGGAGCCUGACGCAGCUACAGGAGGAGACUACAACGAUGACACACUCCCAGCUGGCAAUGGGGACACUCAACAGUGCACAAUUUUAGAUGCUUCUAAAGCUUCUACGCUGCUGCAGAACAAAAUUGAACAGGAAAUGGAGCAGGUGAUACCGAUGUCAGAGCUAUGUGCAGACGAGAGGCCCAACAGCACGGAGCCUCAGCCCUAA